AUGAAUAAAUAGAGACGUUAGAAAAUAUUACCAAUACAAUAGAUUUAGGCUAAACUUAAAUAGCUUAAACAAAGUAUCAGAGCUAGUGAGAUAAAGUCUUUGAGAUCAUCUUGUUUAUUCACAGAAACCACUCCUAAUGAGAAAUUUGAUAUUAUUAAACCUAAGCAGAAUCAUAAUAGUAGUGUAGAUGGAAGGACCAUGUAUGUAAAGCCUACCUUCAAGAAAAAGAUGAAAACUACUAAAAGGUAAUUAAAUAUAUCAUAGAAGUCCUCAAUCAAUGAAGGCUAAAACAAGUUCAAUUAUAACAUAAUCUAAAACUACUGUAUCACCUAAGAAACAUAUAAAAGAUAUAUUACAAAGUUAUAUAAAGAGUAAAAUCCCAAAAAGUAGAACUACAUCAAAAUCGAAAUCACCUUAAAAGUUAAAAAAAGUUUAAAGUCCAUAAUAAAGAUAAAUUAGAAGUUAAAGUAAAAAGAAGCUAAAAUAAAAGUAAAAAACAUCAGUCAGUCCUCAAAUGAAGAAAUCUAAGAAAGUAAAAACUUAAGUGCAGUAUUAUCAACCACAAAUAAGUAAGAUCAGUUCUAUAAGAUUAAAUACAUUCUCUGUUAGUGAGGAUCCUUAGAAAAUGUUAUUGAAUUCAAUUAUUGAAGAAUUAUAAAUGAUGAAUGAGAAAUAAAUGAUUGAAUUAUAAUAAUUUUUGAGAAAUAUCAAAUAAGAAAAGAAAGAUGAAGCCAUGUAAACAAGUAUACAUGAAAAAUUGGAUAUACAAAAACAACAUUAAUAAUUUGCAUUUCAAGAAAACAUUCCUUAAAAUAUAAUUAAUGAGAUAUGUCAUUAAAGAGAGGAAGGUAUCAAAUUAAGGGUUGCUAUGCAAAUGGAUGCAUUUAAUAAAUUAUUCUAAUAAUAAAAAAUAUCUCCUAGAUCUUUUAGGAAUAAUAAUCAAGUACUUCAAUAAUGGGAAGUUCAAUAAACUUAAAAAUUGUAUCGAUAUCAAGAAUAACUUAAGAAUAUCCAAAAUGUUACGAAUAAAAUAUAAUAAAAAACAUAAAAGGACUUUAAAUGCAUAGAAGAAUUAUAAUUAAAUAAUUCUAUAGUAGUUUAAUAGUUAUGUACUAGAAUUAAUAUUAUUUAGAGUAAAUUUCAUUCGAAUCUAGCUAUUUAGAUUAAUCUGAUCUUUAAUUAAGUACUCCAAAAUUAUAAAAAAAUAUCAAUUUCAAAAGAAAAGAUAUUAUUAUUGAUGUUGACUUUUAACCAUAAUAAAAUAUAGUUGAAAUUUAAACUAAUGUUGGAACCAUCAGUCUAUUUAUUGAAAUUCUCUGUUAAUACAUAAUAGGUAUAUUAUAAGAUCUAAAAUAGAAACCAAUUUGAACUCAUUUAUUAAGAGAAUGAAUUAUCCUUAUGGUUUAUAACCCUUCAGUAAAUUAAGAUAAAUACAUGGAUAUGAAGUAAUAGAGGAUGAUAAAUAUCAAUAUCCAAUAUAGGAAUAUAUCUUCACUGAAUUAUAAGUAUGAUAUUAUCAUAGAAUAAGCAAAAUAGUUCCUUAUAUGAAAAGAUUCAUAAUAGAGCCAUUUUUGAUACUUUCAAUGAAAUUCUAAAUUAUUAUCGUCCAUUUUAUUAAUGCAAUGGAUAACCAUAUCCUUGGGAAUAUAAUAGAAAUCUAGUAGUUAUCUUAUAUAAUAAUGAAAAUAUCAAUUAAUUAUUAGAGAAGGCCAAAGAAAAACUUAUAUUUUAUGCAUCAAUAUUAUGUGGAUUAAUAAAUGAAGAUGAUGAAGAAAAUGCUGAAUAAUGUUUAAAUUAUGAGUAAGUCUUAUAAAAUUUGGUCAAUUCUGAUUAUUUAUCUCAAUUAAGAAAUGAAAGAUUAUAAUUAUGUAUAAAUAAUGAAGUAAUUAUUAAUCUCAUAUUAUAUAGUUAUAAGAAUAUGAGUUUAUGUGGUCAUAUACAGAUACAACUGAAACCUUGGUUGAAAUAACAGAUCAUAUAUUUGAACAUUUAAUCCAUGAAUUAACACUUGAAUUAUUAUGA